AUGCAGUCCAGGGUUUGUAUACAUCACUGGGGGGAACUUGCGUUUCCAAGCAACGCGUCCCUCCUGAAACAGGCUAUGAGGAAAUAAUGGUAGCUAAAGUGAGGGGAUGAGCAGUGACAAAAUGAAAGUGGUGGGCCGCCUCUCCCGAGCGGCGGAGGCCAAACGACGGAUGGCAGAUGGCCAGGACAUGCUGACCUCCAUGACACAGAUGGUGGCCUGCACCCAGGACAUCCAGCAGAGAUACCGCAGCAUCCUGGGGCCACUGUCCCUCUUCUUCCAGUCCAACCCUGAGGGAGAGAAGAGGGCAGACAGGGUCCAGGAGGAGAGAACAGUGUCCCCGUCGGUGUCAGAGGGGGUGAAGACCAACCCCACCUCCCUGGCCGACAUGCGUCAGCAGCUGCAGUACCGGAUCCAGGAGCAUUCCGUGCUCCACUCCACCCCUGUGGAGGAUCAGCAAGCUCUGGCGGCGGUAAUGACGUCAGAGCUGGGCCUGAUCUGGCAGGACCUGAAGGGGCUGAUGGAUGAGCCCACGCUGAACCAGGAGGAGAACAGGCAGCUGCAGGCGGAGACGUGCCAGGAGGUGCUCCGCAUCUGCCAGGAGCUCUACCUCAACUAUCUCCACCUGCUGGACAGGCUGAGGCGCCGCGCCGUCUUCAGCGACCAGGCCAACCGCAGCCGCCUGGGGGCCCAGAUGGCCAUAGACUGCACCAGCCUUUUAAACAUCCACUCGAUCAGACGCAGCGUAGCGGCAGGGAUCAAGGCUACGCGGAGAGCACGGCUGAGCGCUGAGAGACCCAGAACUGCCGGACGCGACCUGAAGGGGGCGAUGGAGACACACACAGCGCUGCCAUGCAAACUGGACUUUGGUCUGACUCUGCAGGCCAAGGCUGGCUGCAAAAAGAGCGGUGCCAUCAGGCAGGGCAAAAACCCUAUCGAGAGGGACCUCCGAGAGAUGACUGAGAAGAUGGGAGACAUGGACCUGGAGCAGGUCUAUGACCUGAUGCCCUGCCACCUGGAACUGAUCACUAACAAAGGCUUGCUAUCUCUCGCUCGCUCUUUUCUCUCUAUUGCUCUGUCUCUUUCUCUGUCUCUCUCUCUCUUUCUCUCUCUCUGUCUCUCUCUUUCUCUAUCUCUCUUCCUCUCACACAGACAGGCACACACACAUAUAGUCAAGUACACUUGUGACAAUAAUAAACAAUUGUUUGUUAGUACUAGUAGUAGUGAUAUGUGUGUGUGUGUUUAGAUGCAGCGCGGGCCAGCUUGGCCAAUGUUUCACAGUCAGAUGAGGAACCCAGCAUGUAUUACCAUGGCUACACCAGACUAAAGGGGUGUAGUUCCAUGCCAGACCUGCAGAGGGAGACUCUCCUGGAGGAGCUGGAGAUGGAGGCCCUGCCUGCCAGACCCCAGUCGCCUCUGGUGCUGCUGGCCACUGGGCCCUGCUCCAACAUCGAGAAGCCCAUUGACCCUGCCCACGACCUCAGGAGGUUGCUACAGGACAGAGUGAUUGUGGAUCAGGCUGUGACAGACUCUGACACAGACCUCCCUCCUCUGAUCAAGGCCCUGGCGUGGAGAGGUUCCACCAAACUACAACAGCUCACACACACUCUGCAGAAACAGGAAGAGGAGGGGGAGAAGAUGGAGGGUGCCAGUGGAGGAAGGUACAGGGUGCCAGUGGAGGAACCGGAGCACCCCCAGGGAGCUGUGGUGAACGUGGCCCUGUCCCACGUCUCUCUAGCCCGCACAGCCGCCGCCCGCGUCUCAGACAGGGUUCUCCGCGACACCAUUAACAUCCACACGUACCCACCCGUCUACAACUACCUCACCAAAGAGCUUGAGCUCUCUUCAGUGCAAUGGCUGGAUCGUAACCUGUUUGCCGGGGAAGAAAUAAAGGAAGUCUAUAAGGAGUUAUCCAAAAGCAAAUCUACACAGUAUCUCAACUUCGAUGAGGACCCCAUGAUAGAGCCAGCCCUGACCAACAUCAGAUGGAGUAUGAAGAAGAAGAACCACCAGAGGUUCAUCAACCCACAGCUGAAGAGACAGAACACCAACGCCAUGUCCCACAGGAAAAGGACCGAGAUCCCAGCGGACCAUAAGAAACCGGAAGACCAGAAUUCCCGGGCCUUCACAGCCUGGCUGCAGUGGUGGAAGACUGACCUCUCAGUCGAGGACUACCUCCGAUACAUCACCAAUCAGGACAAUGACUACCUGUGGGCGGCGUUCCACCUGUACGAUAGUGGCGAUAGUGACGAUGAGGAGGACGAGAGAAGAAGACUGCUCCAGCUACGAGGAGAUGAGAGGAAGAAGAGGCGGAGGCAGAAGAUGGAGGCUCUAAAGGGUCAGAAGCAGGAGUACGUGACAGGGGUGUGGAACGUCAACACGGUGCUGCUGGGAGGGCUGUGGAAGGAACCCGAUCUGGAGGAGGAGGAAGAGAGCCCAGAUGAAGAAAUAACCAGCUUUAAACAGAAGGCCUAUAAGAGGACAGUGAGUGAGGGGAGCAAGGAGGCCAGUCGAGGGGGGGUGAUGGGAGAGGGGGACCAGGUUCAGAGCAGGUUGGAGAGGAUCUGGACACUCCUCUGCCUGCCCGACACCUACAGACUGGACAUGGCCAUUAAGUACAGCUCCCACGCACGCAGGGACCAGCUGGAGGAGGCCACAGCAGCAUGGGAGCGCGCUGCCCGUCUCAUCCAGCAGAGGGAGUCUCUGCUGGCUCGUCUGGAGCUGUUUGAGAGGGACGCUUCUGACCCCAACCGCUUCUUCCUGCAAGGCUACCGAGGCACCUCUCUAGCCAGGAUGGAUGAGUCUAAGCACCGGAGAAAACUCAACUCCCAGAUCUGUUCUCUGGAGAAGGUUUUGUCUAAGAUUCUCCACCACAUUACAGACAGCUUCCAUGACACUGUCACCUACAAGGGGAGGCCGUACAGGGAGAAGAUGCGCUGGGACCGCAUUGAGAUGCUCUACUGGCUGCAGCAGGAGCGCCGGGUCCAGGCUCUGGAGAGGGUGGUGGAGGGGAGGGGCUCUCUCCCCACCAGACUGCCCCCCCUCAACCCCAACCUUCAGCUGUACCCGGGCACCCACCCCACCCCCCAAGGACACACCCCGACCCUCAGCCAGAGACCCCACCCUCACACACACAGCCCCUCCAACCCAACCCAGCCGAGCUCAGUGUAUCCAGUAUAAGUUUGAACGUUGUAAGCAAAUAAAUGAAAUGCUUGGAUAAUUGUUUGUAUAAAUGCACUGCUUGGAAGGAAAUAUUAUAUUUGAUCAUUUGUAUGUAUUCAUAUUAUGUAUAAUCCAUUAUCAUUAUCCCUUGUCAAGUAAUUGUAUGAAAGUGAUUGGAUAAUAUAUAUGCACUACUAGUAGGUUCAUAUGACAUUGUCAACAUUUGAUAUGGUGAAUAUUUCGUCAUUAAUCAUUUACAUUAUUUUGUUCUGAAUGUGGCAGAAACAUGCAACUCUAAGUGCCAUGACAAAAGGAACGCUGUUUGCACUAUGAGCCUAUUUCGGGCCACUGUUAAAUGUCUUAUCAGUAUUGCCAAGUGCAAUACCAAAGAUACUGAGCUAGCACUGCAGGCCUACAAGUUUACAAUGAACAACAAGCUGUCACGUAUCACCAGGCAGCCUGCUCCCAUCUGCCUAGUUACAGUCAAGCGCCUGCUUUAGCUCACCCUCUCACGUGUGCGCGAAACGCCACCGCAUUGGUCAUUUCAGACCGGGGGAAGUUGUUUUUGUUAUAAUUCAGGAAGAACCCUACUCAUUUCAAAAAUAGGUGGGGAUUUUUGUCAGAAUUACAUUAUUUUGAAAGGAAAUUAUUAUAAACUUGAGCACUUAUCGAGUGUGGAUAGCGAGCUCCUGUGUCGAGCAAAUAGAUACAUGUGAGUAAUUGUGUUUCAUUUGUUUCCUUACAACUUAUUACGAGUGAAGUAUGUGCUACCUUCAGUUAAAAAGUAUUGUUCCUAUCUUGUUUUUAUAAACAUACAAUGUUUGUCUGCCUGUGGAAAUAAUAAACGUAUAAAUAGCGUU